CUGUUGCGGGAUUGAGCUCCGAUCACACGGCCCGGUGGAUGCAGGUUUUGUUUUAUCUUUUCCAGAUGUUGGAUGUGGCGAAGGGUUUCGAUUUUUCUGCUGAAGUAGAGGUUUCGCCAAUCGAAUUUGGUAUCGAUCCUCGUGACGCUUUUGAGGAGUUGAAGGAGAAGAUUCCAUCUGUACAUAUUGUUUUGGUAACAGGAAGGGACUGACCUAAGGUCUUGCCCUUGCUCAAGCUGAGCAUCAUGGUUCACAAUGCAUUUGAUUUGGUUCAAAUUCUGAAAGACUGUCCUGUGAAGAUCGACAGUGUGGGACUAUGGGGGUCCAGGAUUCUUGUUGGAUGCAUGGAUGGUUCAUUGCGAAUGUACGUGCCUGAGUUUAUGGAUAAUCCUACCUCAUUCAAGGAGCCUGAUCUAUCGUCUGGCUCUUAUAUUCUCAAAGAUACCCGAAUUGGUUUUGCAAAGAAAGCAGUGACGUCCAUGGAUGUCUUGCAAUCUCGUAAUCUACUGAUUACACUCUCGGAUACGGUUGCGGUUCAUUCCUUGCCAGAAUUUGACCUUGUUGCAUAUCUAACGAAGACAAAGGGUGCAAACUUAUAUGCGUGGGAUGAGCGGCGGGGGAUGCUGGCAGUUGCAAAGGCCAAGAGACUCUUUCUGUACAAAUAUGAUGGGAACAAAGAUUUCGGAGAGGUGAAAGAGCUAGCAGCUCCUGAUGUGGUCAAGUGCAUGGCCUGGGUUGGAGAUUCCCUAUGCCUAGGGAUCAAGCGCGAAUACGUCAUUCUUAAUAUCUCCACCGGCGUUAGUUUUGAUGUCUUUCCUUGUGGUAGACAUGCAAACCCGCUUGCAGUACCGCUUCCAAAUGGUGACCUAUUGCUUGGCAAGGACAACAUUGGUGUGGUAGUGGAUCACAAUGGCAAGUUGUCGCAUUCUGGUGAGGGCAACUUAAGCUGGUCAGAAUCACCUACCAGUGUUGUCAUUCAGCCACCAUAUGCCCUGGCCCGGUUGUCUCGUUUCAUCGAGGUAAGGUCGUUGAGAGCGCCCUUUGGGUUGGUCCAGACACUACCACUUCGUGAUUCACAUGUGAUAUUUGCUACUGAGGCUGGGAUUAUUGCUGCAUCUGACUACUCAAUAUAUCGCCUCCUGCCAGUUCCUAUUGGAGUACAGGUGGUCCAAUUGGCGGCUUCUGGAAACUUUGAGGAUGCUCUUGCUCUGUGUAAGUUGUUACCACCAGAGGAUGCUGCAUUACGGGUCUCUAAAGAGGACGCCAUACACAUUCGGUAUGGUCAGUACCUGUUUGAACAGCAGAAGUACACUGAAGCAAUGGAGCACUUCGCUGCAUCAUCCCUCGAUUUACCUACGAUUCUAUCUUUAUUUCCUAUGAUCAAGCUCCCAAAUGUCGGUGUGGCAAAGGACCUUCCAAACGUUAAAGAAAGCGAGUCUGGUGCUACUACUCCAAGAGGGUCACUAACGCCUUCCACGUCAGAGACUCUAGAGGAUACUGCAGUUGCAUUGCAAAGUCUUGCAUUAAACCAAGGGCUUGAUUCAAGACACAGAAAAAUUGCAUUGGGGGCUCUUGCAACUUUGUUGUUGAAGAAAAGGGGCUCUGUGAUUGCGCAAGCAGAGGCAGAAGAGACUGAAGCAGCAGUUGCUGCCAUGGUUGAGGUCGCUGGAGCUACCCACCGGCGAGUCAGAAGUGUUGACAAGCAUGCAGAGGUUGGAGAGGAGAGAAGCGCACGGAACUCGGGUGCCCGAGAAGUUGCAAUGAUUUUAGACACGGCCUUGGUGCAAGCUCUACUCUCUACUGAUAACUUAUCAAUGGCUUUGCAAGUGCUAAGUGGCCCAAAUUAUGCAGAUGUUGAUGCUUGUGAAGACGUCAUGCUUGAAGGUGGACAUUAUGCUGAGCUCGUCCAGCUCUACAAGAGUAAUCAUAAGCACCGGGAAGCUCUUCUUUUCUUGAACCGUUUGGCUGAACACCCCGAGUCUUUUGCUAUGCCACCAAAGAAUCCCGAGCAGUUCGGCCCCAAGGCCAUUGUUCAGUACCUUCAGGCACUAGACAGUGUAGAUCAUGACCUCGUAAUAGACUGCUCCCAGUGGCUUCUCAAAAGCCAUCCAGAGGAUGCACUAAAUCUAUUUGUUACUUAUGACCCACCUCUACCACCCUCAUUGGUGCUCUCAAAUCUUAAAAGCAAUGCACCAAACCUACAAAUUCCAUAUUUGGAGCAAAUCAUGGAGCGAAGACCAGAGACAAGAUCGCUGGAACUUGAGAAUGAACUGGUACAACUUUACUUGACUAAGGUGCUGGACGAGCGUGCUGAGCACAUGUCUCAAGACAAAUGGGAUGAGAAAAGUCAUAGUGAGGCUCGCCAGAAGCUCUUAGCUGCCUUAGAUUCGUCACGAUUUAAUGCUGAGAGGGUUCUACAGCGGUUGCCCGUCGAUGGUCUGUAUGAAGAGAGGGCCUUCUUGCUGGGUCGUAUGCGACAGCAUCGCCUUGCGCUUACACUUUAUGCUCACAAGCUCCAUGAAGCCGACUUAGCUCUAGCUUACUGUGAUCGUGUAUUUACUCCCACUGCUUCUGCCUUGCAACGAAACACAGCCUCGCUCGCAUCUUUGGCUUUGAGACCGCAACCGAAGGACCCAGCAGCUGCUAAUAUCUACCUUAUACUACUGGAAGUCUAUCUUAAGCCUAAAGCAGCAAUACAAGAAUUCGAUCGUUCUAUUGCUAGUCUUGCUCCCGUGAGAAAUACAAUUAAUCAACGAACCACCGCAGCGCCACGUGCCAAAGGCAUCAAGAAGAUUGCACAAAUUGAGGAUGAUGUUUACUUUGGGGGCCCUAGUACAGACAGUACACCAGAGAAUGGUCGAAGUGAAAGCGAAUCAGAGCCACUUGAGCACCAGAGUACUAUAGCAGAUGAAGGCAUAAUGCUUGAGGAAGCACUGACCCUUCUCAGCAAACGGUGGGAGCGUAUGGAUUGUGCCCAAGCUUUGCGCAUGCUGCCUUCUGAUACAACUCUUCAGAAAUUAAUAACGUUUUUGGAGCCCUUACUGUGCAAAUCGAGCGAAGCGCAUCGCAAUGGGUCGGUGAUCAAAAACUUGCGUAGAAGUGAAAGCCUCCAGGUUCGAGAGGAAUUGACGGAGUGUCGGAAGCGGAUGGUGCGAGUUACUACUGAUAGGACAUGCUCCAUUUGCCAGAAACGUAUUGGCAAUACUGUUUUUGCUGUGUAUCCAAAUGGAAGUUUAGCUCACUUCGUUUGCUUUCGCGAUCGCCAAAGCCCAAAACCAGGCGCCGGCUCAUAGAGCAUUAUAAAAUCUUCCUUUAAUUGUUUUGAACAAAUUCCAUCAUACUUUUAUAUAGUAGAUUUGACGUUGUAUAUUC